AUGUGCUCUUUGAAGAGAAAAGAGGCGUCGACUGGAGGCGUGCCUCCAAAGUCGGCAAGAUCCGGAAAACCAGACGGUCGCCCGGCAAAACGGCCGAAGUCAGACAAGAAGGACGACUCAAAGAAAGAGGCCGAAGCUGCAAAACCAGAGCGCAAACUACCUGCUUCCGCCGUGACUUCCAUUCUGAAGGAGGAGGAACCUCUAUUUCCACGUGGAGGCGGCGGCGUUUUGACGCCACUCGAAUACAAGCAGAUCCAAGUCCAGGCAAAGAGUGAUGCCCUGUUCGAGACCAGCAAUGGGACCACAGAAAGAGGAAGUGAGAAGCGUCUGAAGCCGAAUCGCAAGAGCUCCGAGGGCCGCCCCAAACCUAGCACUGCCGCGCCUGCUGAAGAGAGCGUAAGGAUUGAGAGUCUGAACUACAAGCGCUUGGUGAAAGGCUCAUUGGUCCUUGGCCAAAUAUCGGAAAUCACGCCUCUGGAGAUCGCCGUCAGUCUUCCGAAUAACCUGGUCGGUCACCUGUCCGUUACGUCCAUAUCUCAGGCCCUCACCGAGCGGAUUGAAGCCGAAGCAGAGAACGCCAAUGACGACGAGGACGCAGCACAUGAGGAGGUGGACGUCCAAACGCUGUUUGGACUUGGCCAGUACAUUCGCGUCUCCGUUGUUUCGACCGAGGACGACGAUGCCGAGAAGAAGAAAAAGCGGCGCAUCGAGCUCUCUACCCGACCAGAACUUGCCAAUGCCGGCCUUACGGACCAGGAUGUCGUUCGGAACUCUACUGUCAUGGCAUCUGUCAUCAGCGUCGAAGACCGUGGCUUUGUGAUGGACCUCGGCAUCCAAGACUCUGAUCUCCGUGGCUUCCUGGCGAAGAAGGAGCUGGACCCGUCCAUCCCGGAAGAGAGACUACAGCCAGGUGCUGUUAUUCUGUGUCUCGUCACGGGCAAGGCUACAAAUGGAAAGGUGGCACAGCUUUCGGCCAACAAGACGCAGCUCGGAAGCAUCAAGAACGUGGCCUCGGAUGCGACUACCAUCAACACCUUCCUCCCCGGAACGGCCGUUGACGUGCUGGUAUCAGAGGUGACCGCUCGUGGACUUGCUGGCAAGGUCUUGGGGCAUCUCGACGCCACGGCUGAUAUGACACAUUCGGGAGCUGGUGGCAGCAUUGGCGAUCUCGACGAGAAAUACAAGGUUGCGUCAAAGAUCAAGGCGCGAGUCAUCUGCACUUUUCCCACGGCCGACAACCCAAAGGUUGCCAUAUCUCUUCUUCCUCACAUACUGUCUCUACAGCAGCAAACAGCGGGCGGCAAAAAUGUCCACGACAAAGCACCAACUCAGGCCCUCCCACUGUCGACCAUUGUUGAGAGCUGCGUUGUUCGCAAAGCUGAGCUGAACGUUGGUUUGUGGGUUGAUGUCGGUGUGGAAGGCGUUCCCGGUUUCGUUCACAUCUCGCGUGUCAAAGAUGGCAAAGUCGAUGCGCUGUACGAGUCAUCUGGACCCUUCAAGGUUGGCUCUACCCACCGUGGACGGGUCAUCGGCUACAAUGCGGUCGACGGCAUCUUCCUGGUCUCUUUUGAGCAGAAAGUUCUUGAGCAGUCCUUUAUCCGCAUCGAAGAUGUCCCUGUCGGUGACGUUGUCACGGGCCACAUCAAGAAGCUCCUCCUUAAUCAGAACGGCAUCUCUGGGCUGAUUGUGGAGAUUGCGGAUGGGAUUGCCGGCCUGGUGCCGGAAAUCCACUUUUCCGAUAUCAAGCUCCAGCACCCAGAGAAGAAAUUCCGCGAGGGGAUGAAGGUCACUGCGCGGGUCCUAUCGAUAGACCCAGCCAACCACCAGUUCCGGCUGACGCUCAAGAAGACCCUUGUCAAUUCUGAUAUCCCCCCAGUCAAGUCGUUUGACGACCUUUCUGUUGGCCAGCAGUGCCUGGGAACCGUUGUCAACGUCGUCCCCAUUGGUGCCUAUGUGCAGUUCUACGGCGAUCUGCGCGGCUUUUUGCCGGUUGCAGAGAUGAGCGAGGCUUUCAUUCGCGACCCAAAGGAGCACUUUCGACAGGGACAAGCCGUCAAUGUCCGCGUCUUGCGCUUCGACCCAGACUUGAACAAGCUCGUUGUUUCCUGCAAAGACCCAUCGGCAUUCGGAGUUGACAAGCGACAGGCUCUUCAGGACCUGCAGAUCUGCAGUAUCGUUUCUGCCAAGGCUAUCGCAAAGCACGAUGACAGUGUUGAAGUUGAGAUUGUGGAAAACGGCUUGAAGGCUACCUUGCCCAUCGGCCAUCUGUCUGACCGGUCACCGGCGAAGAACCAGGCUGCCCUGAAGCGCAUUCACAUUGGCCAGGUGCUCCCCGAGCUUCUUGUCUUGGACAAGCACGAGGGUCGCCGUGUCAUCACGGUGUCCCAGAAACCGAGCCUGAUAGCCGCCAGCAAGGAGGGGAAACUUCUGGUCAACAUGGAAGAUGCCCGGACCGGGUCGCUCGUUACCGGUUUCGUACGGAACAUCACGCCGACUGCUGCGUUCGUGCAAUUUGCUGCGAACAUCGUGGCUCUGCUACCGAAGCCUCUCAUGCCCCGGACUGCACAGGCUGAGCCGGACUUUGGUCUGCACAAGUCUCAGACACUCGCACUCAAAAUCAUCUCUGUGGAAAACGGCAGAUUGGUAGCUUCAUUACCGAGCGAUGUGCCAGCAGAAGAAAAGGACACCGGAGAAAAAGCAGGAGCCGGGUCGCGAACACUUUUGAACCCGGUAGACAGCUCACUUGCAACAUUCGACGACCUGCAUCUGGGCCAGAUUACUAAGGCACGGAUCACUUCUGUUAAGAACACUCAGCUGAAUGUCCGGCUGGCGGACAACGUUUCCGGCCGAGUCGAUAUGUCAGAGAUUUUCGACAGUUGGGACGAUGUGCCUGAUGCAAAGAGCCCGCUUCAGAAUUUUGAAGAAGGCCAAAUUUUGGAUGUGCGCAUCUUGGGAGUUCACGAUGCGAAGCGUCGCGUAUAUCUUCCCAUCACACAGCAAAAAAGGCGGUCGGUCCUGGAGCUUUCGAUAAAGCCGAGCUCACUACAAGGCGGCAAGACUCCCGACAUUCUCAGCAUCGACAAGGUUCAGGUCGGAUCGUCAUGGGUGGCUUUUGUCAACAACCACGGAGCGAAUUGUCUCUGGCUCAGCCUUACGCCUCAUGUCCGAGGUAGGCUGUAUGGCAUGGAGGCUUCUGACGACAUGUCCCUGGUAAAAGAUCUGGAAGCGAAUUUCCCCGUGGGAAUGGCGAUACACGUCCGCGUUGUCCAGGUUGACGUCGAAAAGGGACGCAUCGACUUGUCUGCUCGGUCACCGGGCGGAGAAGGUGACCUCGCGUGGAGUAGCAUCGAAAAGAACCUAGUUCUGCCAGCCAAGGUCACCAAGGUGAGCGAUGGCCAGGUGCUGGUGCAGCUGAGCAAGACCGUGUCUGGACCGCUGCACCUUGUCGACAUAGCCGAUGACUUCGACCAGGCAACUACGACUGCCUACUUCAAACACGACAUCAUCCGCGUCUCUGUCGUUUCUGUCGAUGCUAGCAACAAGAGAAUGCGGCUCUCGACUCGGCCGUCGCGCGUUCUCAAUUCUUCUUUCCCCGUGGAGGACCGUGAGAUUCUGGACUUUUCGGAUGUCAAACCUGGCAGCGUGAUCCGCGGUUUCGUGCGCGGUAUAUCGGACAAGGGUGUGUUCGUCAACCUGGGCGGCGACGUGGUCGCCUUUGUGCGUGUAACAGACCUGUCGGACUCCUUCUUGAAGGACUGGAAGGCUCACUUCCGCAUCGACCAGCUCGUAAAGGGCCGGGUCACGGCUGUCAAGGCGGAAGUCAAGCAGAUCCAGAUGAGCCUGAAAGCGUCUGCAAUCGACGAGAACUACGCGCCGUUGCUGACGCUUGACGACCUCCACGAGGGUCAGAUUGUCAGCGGGCGGGUGCGCAAGGUGGCAGACUUUGGUGCCUUCAUAGUCGUUGACAACUCGGCCAAUGUUAGCGGCUUGUGCCAUCGGACGGAGAUGGCUGACAAGUCGGUCAGAGACGCGACCAAGCUCCGGGUCAACCUUGGGCUGAAGCCGAAGUAUUUCGAGGAUGAGAGCGACAGCGACGAGGACGCCAUGAGCGUGGAUGGAGGCGACAAUGUCGCCGACGACGUGUCCGACAACGGGAAGGACGGAGCCGAUGCAGCAAAAACAGCAAACGGUGGCGGACUCUCCGGAGGCGCCUUUGACUGGACGGGCAAUGCACUGGACCAAGAGAACGGCGACUCGCAGUCCGACCUUGACGAGGAGGAUGGAGGUGCCCUGGUCGCCAAGCGUAGCAAGCGAAGCAAGAAGGCAGCAGCAGCUGCCGAUAUCGACCGGACAGCACAGCUGGACGUCCGGGGACCGCAGACGGCGAGCGACUAUGAGAGGCUGCUGCUUGGACAGGCAGACAUGUCGGCGCUGUGGAUCGAAUACAUGGCAUUCCAGGUGCAGGUCAGCGAGCUUGCCAAGGCCCGCGAGAUCGCCGAGCGUGCUAUCAAGACGAUCAACGUGCGCCAGGAGACAGAGCGGCUGAACGUGUGGAUUGCGUACUUCAACUUGGAGGUGGAGUAUGGUUCAGAGGAGACGGCCGACGCCGUGUUCAAGCGAGCUUGUCAAUACAACGACGACCGUGAGGUGUUUGCACGGGCAGCCAGCAUCUAUAUCCAGUCCGGAAAGCUCAAUAAAGCCGACGAGCUCUUCCAGACGAUGACCAAGAAGUUUGGUGCACAGUCGCCGCAGAUCUGGAUCAACUAUGCGCACUUCCUGCACCACAGCAUGCACGACGUGGACCGGGCACGGACGCUGCUCACGCGGGCGGUGCAGACGCUGGGCACGAGCGCUGCGACGAUCACGCUGAUGUCACGGUUCGCAGCACUGGAGUUCCGGUCGCCUGUGGGCAACCCGGAGCACGGGCGCACGACGUUUGAGACGCUGCUGGACAAAUGGCCGAAGAAGCACGACAUCUGGGACCAGCUGCUGGAUCUGGAGACGUCAGUGUAUACGGCCGAGAAGGCCAAGGGGGCGGAGGGCAAGGCCGACCCGGCGGUGGUGCGAGAUGUGUUUGAGCGCGGGACCAAGGCCAAAGGUUUGAAGGCACGGAGGGCCAAAUCCUGGUUUCAGCGAUGGGCCAAAUGGGAGGAGCAGAACGGCGAUGCAAAGAGCCGUGCAAGGGUGACGACCCGGGCCAAGGAAUGGGCGGCGGAGGCAGAGAAGAAAAAGGCCGAUGCCGAGGGAGCUGAGAGCGAGUAA